AUGUUUUAGGUCAACAAAAGUCAGACGUGUCUGAGAACUACAUUUCCCAGGAUCCUCUGCGCGGCGAGGGCGGGACCGGCAGGGACUGAGGCUUUAUAAACAACAGAAACAGGUCAGCAGCUGCGUGUGAAUCAGAGAUACUGACGAGACACCGGCGAACUCUUACAGGACGUGAGCGAGUUAAAGGGAGACACUGUCGUGGUCACUGGCAGCGGGUGAACUCUCAGUUAGUGUGUGAGUGUGUUUGUGACUGUGUUUGUGUGUCUGUGUGUCUGUGUGUUUGUGAGUGUGUUUGUGACUGUGUGUGUGUGUGUAUGCAUACAUAAACAAAGCCGCUGCAGGACACUGACAGACUGACACUGUGCGCGCGCGCGUGCGCGUGUGUAUGUGUCUGAUUAUUAGGAGCAGACACAGUCAGAGUUAUGGCAAUUAAUAAGUCCCGGGUGGCUAUAGGGUUUAUAGUCGCCGGUGUGUUGGCCGUGGUCUUCGGGACCGUCCUCACGUUUGUGGGACCGUUAAUCAUCGACGACCAAAUAGUCAAGAACACGGUGAUUGACCCAAAUAAUGACAUGUCCUACACCAUGUGGAGGGACAUCCCCGUGCCCUUCUUCAUGUCUGUCUACUUUUUCAACAUCCUCAACCCUCAGGAGUUACUGAAAGGAGAAAAACCAAUGGUGGAGCAGCGAGGACCUUAUGUGUACAGAAAACGCUGUCAGAAAGACAACAUCACGUUUCAUGCCAAUGAUACCGUGUCGUACCUAGAAUACAGAUCGUAUUUCUUCGAGCCUUCCAUGUCGGCAGGGAAUGAGUCUGAUGUUGUGACGAUACCUAACAUGUUGGUGCUGGGUGCAGCGAUAAUGAUGGAAAACCAGCCGUACCUCGUACGCUUAAUGAUCAGCGCCACGUUCAAAAAAUUCAAGGAGGGGCCCUUUCUGACCAAGAGUGUUGGGGAGCUGAUGUGGGGCUAUGACAGUGAACUGGUGGAGUUCCUGAAUAGUUACUUUCCUGGCAUGCUGCCCUCAACGGGAAAGUUUGGCCUUUUUGCUGAAUUCAACAACUCCAACACUGGUCUGUUCACCAUCUUCACCGGGCAGAACGACAUCAGGAAGGCUCAUAAAGUAGAUUCAUGGAAUGGCCUGACAGAGCUGAACUACUGGAGAACUCCCCAGUGUAACAUGAUCAAUGGUACAGCUGGGCAGUUGUGGCCUCCUUUUAUGACAAAAGAAUCAACUCUGCCUUUUUACAGCCCUGACGCAUGCAGAUCUAUGGAGCUUGUUUACCAGCGCCCCGGAGUGAUGAAGGGUAUUCCACUAUAUCGUUUUGUUGCACCCAAGACCUUGUUUGCCAAUGGGACAGAUUAUGCCCCCAAUGAAGGUUUCUGCCCCUGCAGACAGUCCGGUCUGCUGAAUGUCAGCAGCUGUCGCCACAACUCUCCAGUCUUUAUCUCUCAUCCUCAUUUCUACAACGCUGAUCCUGUGCUGCUGGACUACGUGCAGGGCCUCAGUCCAAAUGAGGAUGAGCAUGGCCUCUUCAUCGACAUUCACCCACAAACGGGUGUCCCUCUCAACGUGUCCAUCCGUCUGCAGCUCAACCUCUACAUGAAGAAAGUGUCAGGAAUUACAGAAACUAGCAAGAUUUCUGAGGUGGUGAUGCCCAUGAUCUGGUUUGAAGAGAGUGGUUAUAUAGACGGACCUAUCCUCACCACAUUCCACACAAACCUGGUUAUUCUGCCUGCUGUGAUGGAGUACAUGCAGUACGGGUUCAUAGCGCUUGGUCUGCUGACGAUAAUAAUUGCCUUCCUUGUGCACCAUCGAGCCAGGAGAAGUAAACCUGGAGCUGCAUCAGCGAGCACUACAACAGAAGAGAGAGACCCUCUACUACAAGAAGAACUUGAUUGACACUCCUGCACGAGUGAACGUGCAAACAUACAUGAACCUGACACUGUGAAUUCUCUGAAGGCAAUCGUCAUCAUUCCAUUCUCCGUGGCAGGGUGCCCCAUAUGAUCUAUAUGCUAAUGAGAAUGUUGCGUAUAGAUAUAGAUGAACGUGUGUUGUCGUCUUUUUUUUAACUUGACUAAUGUUGAUGAAACUCAGCCGGAGACUGAGGUUGAGAAGUUCACACAGAAGAUGCUUCUGCUACUGUUUCUACAAAGGACUAAGCCAAAAAAACACUGUUGUAGUUUGUUCACGUCAUCAGGAGCAAUAAUAGUCAUCACUGAUUUUUAUUUUCUUACCUCGCCAUGUUAAAGAGAUGUUUCUGUGUUAAAGGCACAAACCGACCAAGAAAUGAUGGAAUCUUUGUCUGAUGGAGGUAAAUGACAAUGUGCUACUGUCCUCUGUGAACGUGUGAAUGUUAUUUCAUGACGAUGUGAAUAAUGCCAUUAAUGUGACUGAGAAUCAACGUGCCUUUGUAAAAAAAAAAAUUUAUGUAUUAAAUAACUGAUGUUCAAAAA